AUGGCGCAAGCAGGUCCUAUCACGGACGUCACCCAUCGGCUGUUCUUCGACCUGAAAUCCAAGAAUGAGGAAGUACGGGCGCGAGCUGCCUACGACCUAUACGAUAAUGUCAUUGCCAUUUCAAGAGAUUGGCCGCCGGAAAAGUUCCUCGAGUUCUACAAUGCAGUCAGCCAACGUAUCGCGCAGCUCGUUGUAACUGGUAGUGAUGCCAAUGAAAGAAUCGGCGGUUUACUCGCUCUGGAUCAUUUAGUCGAUUUUGACGGGGUCGAUUCGGCCCAAAAGACCACUCGUUUUGCCAGCUACCUCCGCAGCGCGCUCCGAAGUAACGAUACCCCAGUGUUGGCGUGUGCGGCGAGGGCGCUGGGCCACUUGGCUAAACCCGGUGGUGCUCUAACUGCGGAAUUGGUCGAGAGUGAGGUACAGUCGGCUCUGGAGUGGCUGCAAUCCGAACGACAGGAAAGCAGGCGUUUCGCGGCGGUCCUUGUCCUCCGCGAACUGGCCAAAGGCUCGCCAACUCUUCUUUAUGGCUUCAUUCCACAGAUAUUCGAGCUUAUCUGGGUUGCUUUGCGGGAUCCCAAGGUGCUCAUCCGGGAGUCGGCGGCGGAUGCAGUCAGCGAAUGCUUCAAGAUCAUAGCCGCUCGAGACAGCCAGGUCCGGCAACUGUGGUUCGCACGAAUCUACGAAGAGGCGCUGUUGGGACUGAAGUCAAGCAAUGUGGACUGGAUCCACGGAUCGCUUCUAGUGCUCAAGGAGCUUCUACUGAAGGGCGCCAUGUUCAUGAAUGAACACUAUCGAAACGCAUGCGAGAUCGUCCUCCGCCUCAAAGAUCACCGUGAUCCUAAAAUUCGCACGCAAGUUGUCUUGACGAUACCCAUUCUCGCAUCUUACACUCCCCUUGACUUUACCGAAAUCUACCUCCAUCGAUUCAUGAUAUACCUGCAGGCGCAGCUCAAGAGAGAUAAGGAACGGAAUUCGGCUUUUAUCGCGAUUGGAAAGAUUGCCAAUGCCGUCGGUGGGGCAAUGGCGCAGUAUCUUGACGGAAUCAUCAUAUACAUCCAAGAGGGGUUAGCAAUGAAAGCACGGAGCCGAUCCUCGGUCAAAGAAGCUCCGAUGUUUGAAUGUCUCAGCAUGCUGUCCCUGGCUGUUGGGCAAACGCUCAGCAAGUACAUGGAAGCAUUGCUUGACCCUAUCUUUGCCUGUGGGUUGAGUGAGUCACUUACACAAGCACUUGUCGACAUGGCCCAUUAUAUCCCACCAAUCAAGCCCACAAUCCAAGAGAAACUCCUGGACAUGCUGAGCAUCAUCCUCUACGGAACACCGUUUCGGCCUCUUGGAUGUCCGGAAAACCGACUCCCCCCUAUGCCAUCAUUUGCGAAGGACUUCUCUCCCCAAGAGCUGCAUUCUGACGCCGAAAUCGCCCUUGCCCUUCACACCUUGGGGAGCUUUGACUUCUCUGGUCACAUCCUGAAUGAAUUUGUACGGGACGUUGCUAUAAAUUACGUUGAGAAUGACAACCCUGAAAUUCGCAAAGCUUCUGCACUCACUUGCUGCCAACUAUUUGUCCAUGAUCCCAUUAUUAACCAAACUAGCAGCCAUUCAAUCCAGGUUGUUAGUGAAGUGAUCGACAAGCUUCUCACCGUCGGUAUUGGAGAUCCAGACCCAGAAAUUCGGCGAACUGUCUUGUGGUCAUUGGACCGAAAGUUUGACCGUCAUCUGGCGAGACCUGAAAACAUCCGAUGUCUGUUUCUGGCCGUGAAUGAUGAGGUAUUCUCAGUCAGAGAAGCUGCGAUUUGUAUCAUUGGACGCCUUUCCAGUGUCAACCCAGCUUAUGUUUUCCCGCCACUGCGGAAAUUGCUUGUCAACCUCUUAACCGGCCUUGGUUUUGCCAGUACAGCUCGCCAAAAGGAAGAGAGUGCCCUGCUCAUUAGCCUUUUUGUUUCAAAUGCCACGAAGUUGAUCAAAUCCUAUGUCGACCCUAUGGUUACUACUCUGCUCCCAAAGGCAACUGAUGCCAACCCAGGAGUCGCGUCAACUACAUUGAAAGCGGUUGGGGAAUUGGCCAACGUUGGUGGAGGUGAGAUGACACACUACCUACCACGACUCAUGCCUAUCAUUUUGGAUGCACUUCAGGAUCUUUCAUCUCACACAAAACGAGAGUCGGCAUUGCGUACACUUGGUCAAUUGGCCGGCAACUCUGGCUACGUUAUAGACCCGUACCUUGAAUACCCUCAUCUUCUUGCUGUACUUAUUAAUAUCAUCAAGACGGAACAGACGGGAUCUCUCCGUAAGGAGACCAUUAAGCUUCUGGGUAUCCUUGGUGCUCUAGACCCAUACAAGUAUCAACAAAUCAGCGAGGAUGCGCCAGAUAUUCACCACAUAAAUGAGGUACAGCCUGUCACUGAUGUUGCCCUGAUUAUGCAAGGUCUUACACCGUCCAAUGAAGAGUACUAUCCAACAGUUGUCAUCAACACUCUUAUGCAGAACAUUCUGCGGGAGAACUCUCUGGCCCAGUAUCAUUCUGCAGUAAUUGAUGCGAUUGUCACCAUUUUCAAGACUCUGGGACUAAAGUGUGUCCCAUUCUUGGGACAAAUCAUUCCCGGCUUCAUCGCUGUCAUUAGAGGAUCCCCUCCAAGCCGCCUGGAGUCCUAUUUCAACCAAAUGGCGAUCUUGGUCAAUAUUGUGCGGCAACACAUUCGUGCAUUUCUUCCGGGGAUCAUUGAAGUUAUUCGCGAUUUCUGGGACGUGUCAUACCAAGUCCAGGCUACUAUUCUAUCUCUCAUGGAAGCUAUCGCUUUGUCCUUGGAGGGCGAGUUCAAGAAGUACCUGGCCGGACUCAUUCCACCCAUGCUAGAAACUCUGGAUAAUGACACCACGGCUCGUCGACAGCCAUCAGAGAGGAUCCUUCAUUCCUUCUUGAUCUUUGGCGCCAGUGGGGAGGAAUAUAUGCAUUUGAUUGUUCCAUCCAUAGUACGCCUUUUCGACCGGACUCAGAAUCCUCCCAGCAUUCGGAAAUCCGCCAUUGAAAGCCUCACGAAGCUGUCACGCCAAGUUAAUGUGUCUGACUUUGCCUCGUUGAUGGUUCACUCGCUUGCUCGAGUUGUUGGUGGCACUGAGCGUUCUUUGCGACAGCCGGCAAUGGACUGUAUCUGUGUACUCAUUUUCCAGCUUGGUCAAGACUUUAGCCACUACAUCCAUCUUCUCAAUAAGGUUCUGAAGAACAACCAGAUCACCCAUGUCAACUACCAGAUACUGGUUACAAAACUGCAAAAGGGCGACCCGCUCCCACAGGAUUUGAAUCCAGAUGAGAACUACGCAGCCCUGGCUGAUGACGCAAAUUACGCUGAAAUUGGCCAGAAGAAAAUGGUCGUCAACCAGCAGCAUCUCAAGAAUGCAUGGGAUGCAUCCCAGAAGUCAACACGCGAGGACUGGCAGGAAUGGAUUCGCCGUUUCAGUGUGGAACUUCUGAAGGAGUCACCUUCCCCCGCACUCCGCGCGUGCGCCAGUUUGGCGGGUAUCUACCAACCGCUUGCAAGGGACUUGUUCAAUGCAGCUUUCGUGUCAUGUUGGACCGAGUUGUACGAUCAAUACCAGGAAGAGUUGGUUCGGUCGAUUGAGAAGGCUCUCACCUCGCCUAACAUCCCACCUGAGAUUCUCCAAAUCCUUCUCAACCUUGCUGAAUUCAUGGAGCAUGAUGACAAGGCACUGCCUAUUGACAUUCGCACAUUGGGCAAGUAUGCUGCAAAAUGCCAUGCAUUCGCCAAGGCUCUCCAUUACAAGGAACUCGAGUUUGAGCAAGACCAGAAUUCAGGAGCAGUGGAGGCCCUUAUCACCAUCAACAACCAACUCCAGCAGUCUGAUGCUGCCAUUGGUAUCCUCCGCAAAGCCCAAGCUUACCGCGACGUUGAGCUCAAGGAAACCUGGUUUGAAAAGCUCCAACGUUGGGAGGAGGCUCUUGCCGCCUACAAACGACGGGAAAGAAUUGAUCCAGAUUCAUUUGGAGUUACUAUGGGUAAAAUGCGGUGUCUGCACGCCCUUGGAGAGUGGAAGGUGUUGUCGGAUCUUGCGCAAGAAAAGUGGAACCAAGCAUCUCUUGAGCACCGGAGAGCCAUCGCUCCUCUGGCUGCGGCUGCCGCUUGGGGCCGUGGACAAUGGGAGUUAAUGGACUCAUAUCUGGGCGUCAUGAAAGAGCAGUCACCAGACCGGUCGUUCUUUGGUGCCAUCCUUGCCAUCCACCGGAACCAGUUCGACGAGGCGACCAUGUAUAUUGAGAAGGCACGAAACGGCCUGGAUACGGAGUUGUCGGCUUUACUUGGAGAGUCCUACAACCGUGCCUACAACGUCGUGGUCCGCGUACAGAUGCUAGCUGAACUCGAGGAAAUCAUUACAUACAAACAGAACAUUGGUGACCCUGAGAAGCAGGAUGCCAUGCGCCAAACAUGGAAUAGACGGUUACUUGGGUGUCAGCAGAACGUCGAAGUGUGGCAACGCAUGCUUAAGGUCAGAGCUCUUGUUACAUCGCCUCGCGAGAACCUUGACAUGUGGAUCAAAUUCGCCAACCUUUGCCGGAAAUCCAACCGUAUGGGUCUUGCUGAACGUUCUCUCGGAUCGCUGGAGACGGUUGUUUCUGACAACAAUGGUACUCGAUCUGUUGCUCCGCCUGAAGUCACUUAUGCUCGCCUGAAAUUCAACUGGGCAUCAGGCGCUCAGCGUGAAUCGCUAGGAAUGCUGAAAGAGUUCAAUGCCACCCUGACAGAAGACUUUACGCGUUUCAAUGCUCUCAUUAUGUCGCAAACAGACCAUGCCAUUAACGGUGUGAAUGGCGUCAUAGACGCGAACCAUGCCGAUAUUGCUGGCCUCCGUGAGCGUGUUGGAGAUGUAGGCAAACUCAGGCGUCUUCUUGCAAAGAGUUAUCUCAGACAAGGAGAAUGGCAGACAGCCUUGCAGCGUGGUGACUGGAACCCGGAGCUUGUUCGUGAGGUUUUGAAUGCAUAUGCUGCAGCGACAAGAUACAACCGGGAUUCAUAUAAGGCGUGGCACUCGUGGGCGCUGGCUAACUUUGAAGUCGUUACUACUAUUGCCAGCCAAGCUAACCGCGAGGGACAGCCUCCAGUGAUGGUUCCCCAGCAUAUUGUGACCGAGCAUGUCAUUCCUGCCAUUUGCGGUUUCUUGCGAUCUAUCGCGCUGUCCUCAACAUCAUCAUUGCAAGACACUUUGCGUUUGCUUACCCUCUGGUUCACUCAUGGGGGUGACCAGGAUGUUAAUGGUGUUGUGACAGAAGGAUUCACUGCAGUUAACAUUGACACUUGGCUUGCUGUUACUCCACAGCUCAUUGCACGAAUCAACCAGCCCAACCACCGAGUCCGCACUUCCGUCCAUCGCUUGCUGGCUGAAGUGGGCAGGGCACACCCGCAAGCACUCGUGUAUCCGUUGACGGUUGCUAUGAAAUCCAACGUUGCUCGCCGAUCACAGUCUGCCAGUAACAUCAUGGACAACAUGCGGCAGCACAGCGCAAGACUGGUUGAACAGGCUGAUCUUGUGAGUCACGAACUUAUCCGGGUUGCCGUUCUGUGGCAUGAGCUCUGGCACGAAGGCUUGGAGGAAGCUUCUCGUCUCUAUUUCGGCGACCACAAUGUGGAGGGCAUGUUUGCAACCCUGGCACCACUCCAUGACAUGCUUGAUCAGGGGGCUGAGACUCUGCGGGAAGUGUCUUUCGCACAGGCUUUUGGACGUGACCUCGCAGAAGCCAAGCACUACUGUAUGCUGUACCGCGAGACUGAAGAAAUUGGUGACUUGAACCAGGCUUGGGAUCUCUACUACACUGUGUUCCGGAAGAUCAGUCGCCAGCUCCCGCAAUUGUCUACUCUCGACUUGAAAUACGUUUCGCCUAAGCUUAAGGAUUGCUCAGAUCUUGAUCUGGCUGUUCCUGGUACCUACCAGAGUGGUAGACCGAUCAUUCGGAUCAUCAGCUUCGACCCUAUUCUCCAUGUUCUGCAAACCAAGAAGCGGCCUAGGAGGAUGACACUGAAGGGAAGUGACGGUAGUUCUUACAUGUACGCUCUCAAGGGACAUGAAGAUAUCAGACAGGACGAGCGUGUCAUGCAGCUGUUCGGUCUUGUCAACACUCUGCUUGAUAAUGAUGGCGAGAGCUUCAAGCGUCAUCUUUCUGUUCAGCGAUUCCCAGCCAUUCCGCUCUCCCAGAGCUCUGGUCUCCUGGGAUGGGUCUCCAACAGUGACACAUUACACGCGCUUAUCAAGGAAUACAGAGAGAGCCGUCGCAUCCUACUCAACAUUGAACACCGCAUCAUGCUUCAGAUGGCUCCUGACUACGAUAACCUUACGCUCAUGCAGAAGGUCGAGGUCUUUGGAUAUGCUAUGGACAACACCACCGGAAAGGAUCUGUACCGCGUUCUCUGGCUCAAGAGUAAGAGCUCCGAAGCCUGGCUCGAGCGACGCACAAACUACACUCGCUCGCUUGGUGUCAUGUCCAUGGUCGGUUACAUUCUCGGUCUGGGCGAUCGCCACCCAUCCAACUUGCUUCUCGACCGCGUUACAGGCAAGAUUGUUCACAUUGAUUUUGGUGACUGCUUUGAAGUUGCGAUGCAUCGCGAGAAGUACCCUGAGCGGGUGCCGUUCCGGCUGACUCGUAUGUUGACGUUUGCUAUGGAAGUCAGCAAUAUUGAGGGUAGUUAUCGGAUUACUUGUGAGGCUGUGAUGCGUGUUCUGAGGGAGAAUAAGGAUUCAUUGAUGGCUGUUUUGGAAGCGUUCAUCCAUGACCCUCUGAUUAACUGGCGUCUGGGAGUCCGUGAAUCUCCUCCGGAGAGAAUGUCCUAUGUGGCUGAACGUCGCCAAUCAGUCGCGCCAAACCUCACCGCAGACAACAGUUCCCAGCCCAGCACCUACACCCGUCCCCGCCGUCCCUCCAUUCUCGAAGGCGGUAUCCUGGAUGCUCAAGAGGGCGUCCCCAACGAAGCCCGGGAGCUGCAGAACGCACGCGCACUACAAGUCCUUGGUCGUGUCCGGGAGAAGCUGACGGGCCGCGAUUUCCGGCCGUACGAGGAACUCAAUAUAAGCGACCAGGUGGACAAACUGUUAGCGCAGGCGACGAAUGUGGAGAAUAUCUGCCAGCACUGGAUUGGAUGGUGCAGUUUCUGGUGA